CGCGCCCGGCGCCUCGGCCGCUCGGCGGCGCUCGGCAGUCUCCGGCGCUGGCUGUGCAGGGCGCCCGCUCGCGGCCGGCGCUCUCCUUUCCGGGUUCGGAGCCGAUCCGGGGCCGGGGCGCCCGAUGCCUGGCCGCCGCGGCCCGGAGCCCGUACAUGGAUUAUCUGAGGAUGUCGGAAUGUCUCCAGAUCUCACUCGCUGUCUGUAGACUGGGCGUCCGCACGUGUUUCCGAGCGCUGUGCUGCAAGGGACCCCCGCCCGCGCGCCCCGAGUAUGACCUCGUCUGCAUAGGCCUCACGGGCUCCGGCAAGACCAGCCUGCUGUCCCGGCUGUGCAGCGAGAGCCCCGAGCACGUCGUGUCCACCACCGGUUUCAGUAUAAAGGCAGUGCCCUUCCAGAAUGCCGUCUUGAACGUAAAGGAGCUCGGAGGGGCCGACCACAUCCGCAAGUACUGGAGCCGCUACUACCAGGGCUCCCAGGGCGUGGUGUUCGUGCUGGACAGCGCGUCCUCCGAGGGCGACCUGGAGACGGCCCGCAGCGAGCUGCACUCGGCACUGCGGCACCCGCAGCUCUGCACCCUGCCCUUCCUCAUCCUCGCCAGCCACCAGGACAAGCCGGCCGCCCGCUCCGCCCAGGAGGUCAAGAAGUACUUCGAGCUGGAGCCGCUGGCGCGCGGGCAGCGCUGGAUCCUGCAGCCCUGCUCGCUGGGCGACGUGGCCGCGCUGAAGGACAGCUUCUCCCGGCUCAUCCAGCUGCUGGAGGAGAAGGACCAGGAGGCCGCCCGGGUGUGAGCGGCCGGAGGGGGCCGGGCUCGGAGGACGGGAGCGGCUGGAGCGGGUCCUGCCGGAGGAUGAGUGGCCGGGCCUCGGGCCUGGGCCUCGGGCCGGUGCCCACCGUGCCCUGUGGGUGAGGCGCCCUCGUCAUGGCUCGGCGUCUGUUCUCCCGUCGUCUCAGACUCAUCCCGGCCCCGGAGCGAACGCACUCCCAGCAGCGAUCGGCGGCAUGAAGGACGAGCACACACUACCGGGAGACGCGGCUCUCUCCUGGCCACGAACCGUCUCCGCGCGUCUCUCCGCUCCGCGCCCCGCCAGGAGGCGCCAGGAGCCCGGAGCCCUCUCUCCGAGCCCGUGGGGGGCGCCGUGCUCGGUGACGGGCUCCCCGGACCCCGUCUCCUCCUCAGCAUCUCCCGGGGGGUUGUUCGUUACGCUCUGUGGUUGUAUUUUUUAGCUUUUUGUAUUCUCGUAGAUCAUGGGGGGAAAGUGAGCCCCGGAAAUUCCAUUCCCCGCGUCAGCAUGGCGGUCCCGCGGGGGGCGAGCUGGAGGACUCAGGGACGGGACCGGCGUCUCCGUCCGCGCUCCCUGCUCUGUCCCUGGCCGCGUUCUCCGCGGUUCCGAUGGGAAGAGGGCCCCGCACAAGCCAAGCCGCCGCUGACUGUCCUGUCUUUUUCUAAAAGAUCUCGUUUCUGAUUAAAAUAGAAAAAAUAAGUUUUCCGGUAACAGAUAGCAUUUUUAACAGCCACCCGCCCGAGGCUGGUGCGUGCCGCCCAUGGGAUGAGCCGGUGUGGAGUGACUGGCCAGAG